GCCUUCGGAAAAGGAAGUAGGGGUGCGCUGGGGCGCCAGCGGUGACCGCGACGAUAGCGGUGACCGAAGGAGGAGAAGGCGGCCGCGGGCUGGCGGUUAGAGGCGGGGCCGGUUCCUCGGAGCGGCUCGGGACAGGAGUCAGAAUUGUUUGCAGUCAGCACGGCGGUUCCAACCAUGGGUUUGUCUGCAUCUACCCCUGCUGUUGCAGUUCAGACCUCAGAUGCUUCAGAUCAUCAGAGGGCAUCCCCGCCUUCAGGAUGUCCCAUGCAUGAAGGGAAAAUGAAAGGCUGUCCCGUGAGCACAGAGCCAUCUAACCCAACUUGUGAGAACAAAAUGAACUCUGUGCCCUCCCACCAAGAUCGUGCGUAUGAGUACGUGGAAUGUCCUGUUACGGGUGCUGUGGCUGAGAAUAAGGAGAACCUAGAUCCUUCUAAUCUGAUGCCACCACCUAAUCAGAUGCCGGCCCCCGAUCAGCCGUUUGCACUGUCUACUGUGAGAGAGGAGUCAUCCAUUCCGAGAGCAGAUUCGGAGAAAAAGUGGGUUUAUCCUUCCGAGCAGAUGUUUUGGAAUGCAAUGUUACGGAAAGGGUGGAAGUGGAAGGAUGAUGAUAUUAGUCAGAGAGACAUGUAUAAUAUCAUCAGGAUUCACAAUCAGAACAACGAGCAAGCCUGGAAGGAGAUUUUGAAGUGGGAAGCCCUUCAUGCUGCGGAGUGUCCUUGUGGUCCAUCAUUGAUCCGGUUCGGAGGUAAAGCGAAAGAGUAUUCACCAAGGGCAAGAAUUCGUUCCUGGAUGGGCUACGAGUUGCCUUUCGACAGGCACGACUGGAUCAUCGACCGUUGUGGGACGGAGGUCAGGUACGUCAUCGACUACUACGACGGCGGGGAGGUCAGCCGGGACUACCAGUUCACCAUCCUGGACGUCCGGCCCGCCUUGGAUUCGCUCUCGGCGGUGUGGGACAGAAUGAAGGUCGCGUGGUGGCGCUGGACUUCCUAACCGCUGCUUUGUUAGAGAUGGGAAAAUAGAAACUAUUUUUUUUCCCAAGCAAUACAUUAAACUAUUUUCCCCAAACUGAA